AUGGUACUGUGGCAAAGCUUUGACUAUCCAACGAAUACCCUGGUUCCAAACAUGAAAGUUGGGUUGGACCGAAGAACUGGCCUGAACCGGGUCCUAACAUCUUGGAAGUCGAAAGACGACCCUGGAACUGGAAACUGGUUGUAUAAGAUAGACAGCAAUGGCGCCCCUCAGUUCUUCUUGUACAAGGGUAAGGUUCCAUGGGGGCGUAAUGGUCAUUGGAGUGGCGAUGGAUGGGGUGGAGUCCAGGGAUUGCAGCGUAGUACCAUCAUCAAUAUCAGUUUUGUGGACAACGAGAAUGAGAUUACCGCUAUAUAUCAUGUCUUCGACCCAACACAGUUGUCAGCAAUAGUGCUAAAUGAGUCUGGUCUCCUUGACUGGUUAUGUAUAGGGAGGGAGACCGUCAAUGGUUUCUGCUUAAACCGUCUUUACCUUCAGACCUGUGUGACACAUACAAAAAGUGUGGUGCUUGUGGGAAAUGCAAGAUCGUUGGUGAUGGGUUCAAGUUUUGGUGCAAAAGGGUUGCAAACUAGAAAAUAG